CCCCCGCAGCGAUGUAGUGCCGCCUCUCACGCCCUAGUUUGGUGCUGAAACCGGAUCGCCGCCGAUUUUUACCGCAUAAAAGCAGACGGCAGCAGGAGUCCGAGUUCGAGUGCAACCUCCUCAGCGACACAGCCGUACGACUCAGUCCACGCAGUCCCACUGCGAUCAUCGUGGGUUCUCAGCCCCCUCUGCGCCCCUCUUCGCCCCUCCUCGACCGCCACCUCCUCCUCGCCUCAGAGUCAGAAGCCACCGGCGUCACUAUGGGCUCCUUCCCUCUCCGGGUGCUAACGCUCCUGCUUCUGCUUGGCUGCACCGCAUCACAAGAUCAAGCCAUAGUGGAACAGCGGGAGGUGACCUUUGACCUUUCUGACCUCUUCGAGCACAAAGAAAUUCUUGAAACUGACCCAGACAUGAGUCAACGGGAAGUGACUUUUGACCUUCCCACAAUUCCGAAGAGGAGCUUUUUAGGCCCACCAAUGUUUGGACCGCGCUCCUUCUCGGAGCCCCAGGUGCUCUUCCCUCCUGCAAGGCCCUCAAUGGACAACCUACCUGCCCUGUGCCGCUACAGUGACAGUCGUCCCCGUUACCCCUCAGACUCCUUCCUGGUCAGUGGCUUGGACUACCUGCACCGGCAGGGAGAUGCCAUCAAUCGUGUGGAGUCCUGGUACAGCACCUGUUGCAGUGAAAAUGGGAUAAUGGAGAACAAGACAGAACUUACUCUCUGUUGUGCUCGGCAGGCGUGGGAGCAUGCACUCUCUCAGUUCUGUGAAGAAGAGUUCUCCAUCAAGACCAGUCAUUACCAGUGCUGUAAAAUAAGAGGAAGGGAAAGGUGGAAUUGCUUUGAAGGAAUGGCCCCCAAUCCCACCUACGAGCCCUCAAGCCAGGGCACAGUCAAUACGCAGUCACCUCCAGAACCAGGGUUCACCUGGAACCCCAACAACUGCCCGAGUAUAAGACUGCAGCUGAAUCCAAAGAAUUUUUCUGAAGGAACCUCGACCCUAAACUUCCCACCUGGUCGGCCUACUUCCACUAACAUCGAUCACGCCUGCAAUCUGCGCAAGAUGCGUCCCCGAUAUCCCCUUAAAUGCCUGCCCCAGAUGGGGUACAACUCUCUGGUACGGCAGAUUAAGACCGUCAACAAGCUGGAGAAAGGGAUAGACAAAUGCUGCAAGGGGAGGACUGAGGUGCUGACCUGCGUAGAUAGAAAGUGGCGGAAGUUGAUGGAUCAGUUCUGUCUGAACGAGCAGAUGGUGAAAACAUCACAAUUCCCCUGCUGUCUCUACGAGGACAAGGAGGAGCGCUACACGUGCUUUGCCGAGCGUUCCCCCAACCCAGAGUACACCCGGGAAAUAGAACAGUCGGAAGUCUUUUUACUCCCCAACAUAAUUGAUGUGCUCUGUAACAAAAAGAGGUCUAGCAAGAAGAUUCACAUCCAGGGGGUACCUUAAAACUCUACAUGUUAACAACACUGCAGUUAAUCAGAAAAAUUCUUGCAACUUUGUAACAGAAUUAUAUAUAAAUUUUCACUGAAAUAGUAGCACUUCAUUUGUGGUCUCCAGUUUGGCAUUUGAUUUUCUCCCCUAGUCCAAUGUUUCAAUCACUGCAAUAUAAACGUUAAGCACAUGAUAUGUACACAUAUAAUUACUUACACAUUUCUAGGAGAAUUUCAUAAGAGAAUAACUUUAUUUUUUGUAUACACUGAGGUUCUAGGCAUGUCCAUUAACAUUUGAGAAAUGUGAAAUGUUAGCGCUGUAGCUUGCACAGAUUUUGAAAGUGAAAGCAAGAAUUCGCUCCAUCUGUUAAACUACUCGAUUGCCUGUUGGCUUUUCUAUUGCGAACAUUGUGAGUCGGUGCUGCCACUCGGCGGAAACUCAGCAAACUUCUCGCGAGUAAGUACUCAAACUACAGUCCAGACUUAUCUGAGAAAGGGCUCUGUCAAAAGGCACAAAGCCAGCAAAUUGCAUUAUGUUAUGGAUUCUUUUUAAAUGUCAGCUUGAGACCCAGUGAAUGUAUAAAAAAUGGGGCUUUCAUUGAAACAAAUCAGGAAACUGAACUCAUCAAUUACUUUCACCAGUACUUUGUGUUAACAGUGUAUCUAAUAGCUCCUUUCCACAGUUACUAAAAAUGAUGGUUCCGUUGUCGUCUAAAAACAUCUUUAACUAAAGUCAUGAAGAGAAAUUAGGAUUGCAAAGUGCUAGUAGAAUUCUACUUAUACCAUUGGCCAAGAAGAUAAAUAUAAUUAUCUGGAUAAAUAUUUAUGUAAAAAAACAUAUAUAAUCUGAAUGAUAAUACAUAAAAACCGACAUUUGCAUUAGUUAUGCUUUAAGUAUUUUAAAGGGAAUAUAAAUGAGUAAAGUGUUGAAGAUUAUGUGUGUUAUGGGGGAGUCUCAAUAGUUUUUGCUUCUAAAUGUUCCCAACAAUCUUGAUCAAACUGUGCACCAAACUCUUCUUGGGAACUAAAGGGUCAGGGCUGACAUGUGAGCAUGACAAGGUAGACAUUCAACCCAUUCAGCUUUUAAAAUGUUUAGUUAAUUGCCAGGAUUUAGUACCAGGUUGAGAUUUUUUCAUUGAAGUUUGAGUUUGACUGAAUAUAUACAAUGACACAUCUGGGAGUUACUUGGGAAAUGAGCUGAAGUGUCAGUUAUGAGAGCAAAUAUACUCAGGUGCUGAGCACUGAAGAAUUUAGAUGUGUGUGUUAAAUCCCUUGCUGCCACAGUCACCUGUCAGUCCUGACCAAUGUUACAAUGAUUCACGGCAUUCCGAGGGGGACUUCAGUGGGGUAGCCUUGCAUUACACUGAAAUGGGUAGUGACAACUAUUUUGUAUAUUCUUUAUAAAAUGAAUUAUCGCAUUAAUUUGCACUUCUGGAAUUGCAUGAUCAGCACUCUGAUCAGUAUAAAACUACCUUGUAUUCUCAUACAUGAAAAUAAACUGAUUUUCGUACAAAGCUCAUUAUACCAGUAUACGGAUUCUUCUUUCACUCAUCGUCUAUAACCAUUCAGG